CGGUUGCUACAUCCAUAAAACAGAAUAUCAGUCCAGAUAGUUGUAGUGUUUCACACGACAAUGGCGGCCAAUGCCAUAGCUCGAUUCCAUUUCCUCCAACCAUAUCCAGUUUUCCCCAAACCUUCAGUACUUCUCUCAAAAUUCCCUCAAUCACCGCCUUUCUCCAUUAAUGUCCACAACAUCAAUAAUCCUUGCCGCAUUCAUUUCCGCAAGUUCUCAUCGGUCACAUCACCACUGUGCUCCACCUCCGGCUCAAUUCCAGAGAGUGCUGAAAGUUCUGAAUCGAGUACAUCAAUUGUUGGCGACCUGUUGGACUAUCUGAAUGAGUCAUGGACUCAGUUUCAUGCUACAGCUGAAGCAAAAAGGCAACUAAUUGCCGCUGGAUUUCAUCUGCUGAAAGAAAAUGAGAAAUGGGAUCUGCAGCCGGGUGGGCGCUAUUUCUUUACACGCAACAUGUCCUCUUUGGUUGCAUUUGCCAUUGGAAAGAAGUAUUCUAUUGGUAAUGGCUUUCACGUGAUUGCUGCUCACACAGAUAGCCCAUGUUUAAAACUAAAGCCAAAGUCCGCAUCGACCAAAUCUGGCUAUCUUAUGGUCAAUGUGCAAUUAUAUGGUGGUGGGUUAUGGCACACUUGGUUUGAUCGGGAUUUGAGUGUAGCUGGGAGGGUUAUUCUAAGAGCUGAUGAUGGUUCCUUUCUGCACAGGCUUGUGAAAAUAACGAGGCCUCUCUUGCGAGUGCCUACGUUGGCUAUUCAUCUUAAUCGAACUGUGAAUCAGGAUGGUUUUAAGCCAAACCUUGAGACUCAACUUAUUCCGCUACUGGCAACAAAGACAGAGAAUGCAACUGCUGAUUCCACAGAGAAAAGUAAUGUGUCUUCUUCAAAAGAUGUUCAUCAUCAACUCCUUCUGCAGAUCUUGUCAGAUGAGCUCAGCUGUAAAAUUGAUGACAUAGUUAGUGUUGAGUUAAAUCUUUGUGAUACCCAACCUAGCUGCCUUGGAGGUGCAAAUAAUGAGUUCAUAUUUUCUGGAAGAUUGGAUAAUCUUGCGUCGAGCUUUUGUGGUUUGAGAGCUCUGGUUGAUUCAUGUACUUUGCCCGAAGAUUUAUCAAAUGAGCAUGCAAUUCGGAUGAUUGCUCUUUUUGAUAAUGAAGAGGUUGGUUCAGAUUCAUACCAAGGAGCUGGUGCGCCAACUAUGUUUGAGGCAAUGCGACGAAUAACUGACUGCCUAAGUCAUCAGUCUGCUGGAGAAUCUGAUUUUGCCCGCGCGAUUCGCCACUCUUUUCUUGUGUCUGCUGAUAUGGCUCAUGGAGUUCACCCUAAUUUUGUGGAUAAGCAUGAGGAGCACCAUCGUCCUGAAUUACAGAAGGGGCUUGUAAUCAAGCAUAAUGCAAAUCAACGCUAUGCUACGAGUGGAGUUACGUCUUUUCUUUUUAAAGAAGUUGCAAGACUCCACAGCCUUCCGACACAGGACUUUGUGGUGCGAAAUGAUAUGGGAUGUGGAUCAACUAUAGGUCCGAUACUUGCUUCAGGAGUUGGAAUCCGAACUGUUGAUUGUGGUAUUGCUCAGCUAUCCAUGCACAGCGUGAGAGAGAUAUGCGGAAAGGAAGAUAUUGAUAUUGCAUACAAGCACUUCAAGGCAUUCUACCAGACAUUCUCAAGCAUAGACAGGAAGUUGAUUGUGGAUUGAUAAUUGGUGAAGUAGAAACCUAGCUUUUUAGUUCACAACCCCUUAUAGCAUAAUCCUUUUCCUUAUUUUUCUGUUGGGGGUGCAGUUGGUAUUAGAGCUUUUAGGCAAGCACUAUUUGAUUACUAAAAAAGUACAUUAUUUUGGUUCGAAUGCAAAAAUAAAUAGUUUUAGUUGGCACAUAGCCUUGUAAUUGCUAUAAUGUUGGUAAAACCCAAAUUGAAAAUUCUGAUGAUUUUGAUCUUCACAAACACCUGGAGGAAGUGACUUG